AGCACACCGCCCGCAUUCGGACACCGGCGGCGUCUCCCCGUUCGCCCGCCCCGGCCCUUCAUUCAGGAGCCCCGCGUGGCCCCGCCCCACCGCCAGCUCUCGCGAUAGCAGGGCGGCGGCCGGUGCCCGAGGCGGGCCGGGAGCGCCGGCGGUACUGGCGGCGAUCGGGGGACGGCGCGGAGGCUCCACCUGCCCCCAGCGACCCCCGCCCGCUGACCCGGGCCGCCCUCGCCGGGGCGCACCCGAGCGGCUCCCGGAGCGCGCAAGGGGGCGCGGCGUCCCGCCCUGAUCGCCGGCUCCUCAGCGCCAGCCUCCUCCCGGCCACCGCGCUGCCCAGGGGCGGGCCCCCGCCCCGGGGAGGGGCUUCCCCGCGGCGCCCCGGCCGCGCUGCGCUGCCGCACGUCCUCGGAGCCCUCGCUGCUCUUCCUCGCCUUGGCCGCGGCCUCGCCGUCGCCGGAGCCCCGCGGCAGGUCGGAGGUAGCAAACGGGACACAGGAAGAGUCCAAGUGCAACUUCAGACCAUGGCAGCACACUGGAGAAAAGUCCUGAUAAUAUGUGUGACAGCUCAAGUACUACUUGUAAAUGCCUUUGAGGAAGAGGAUGUACCUGAGGAAUGGAUUCUUCUUCAUGUUGUUCAAGGUCAGAUUGGAGCUGGAAACUACAGCUAUUUGAGACUAAAUCACGAGGGAAAGAUAGUCCUUCAGAUGCGAAGUUUAAAAGGUGACGCAGACUUGUAUGUAUCUGAUGUGACACUUCACCCCAGCUUUGACGAGUACGAGUUACAGUCUGUAACCUGUGGCCAGGACAUGGUCCACGUGCCUGCACACUUCCGCCGCCCUGUGGGAAUAGGGAUUUACGGCCAUCCCUCUCACCUGGAGAGCGAGUUUGAAAUGAAAGUGUACUACGAUCGAACAGUUGUACAGUACCCAUUUGGUGAGGCUUCUUAUAACCCUGAGGAGAUGGAGGCAAACCAGAAAUACUCACAGUCUACAGAAGAUGAAUCUCAGGAUGAGGAGUCUGUUUUCUGGACUAUACUUAUUGGAAUCUUGAAAUUGAUACUUGAAAUUCUUUUUUAAAUUGAUACACACUGGACUAAGUCACACUUCAGCCUGUGAAAUUGAGUAUCAAUGACAUGCUGUAAUAUUUAAUACUCUUUGUUUCCUGAAGAGGUAUUCAGGUUACAUUUCCUAAACCAGAAAGGAGGCGGGGAGAAAAAGCCAUAUUUAAUUUUAUAUUGUAAAUCCUCCCCUAUAUGUAAAAUGAGCAACAAGCACAGUAUUUGCAGUGCUCUUCAGAGAUCAGGGCUUAAAAAUGAAUGUAUAGUUGGGAUCUUGUUAACUUCACUUUUAAAUAGGUGCUUAGAAAGAUCAAUUCCAAUUCAGUAUUUUCUAUUGUUUUUUAUAAAGAAAAAUGAAAUAAACUCCUGUACUUCAGUCCCCCCCCAAAUAUCCUCAAUUUAGAACAUAUUUAAAAAUAAAACCUGCUGCUUUUCAAGCAAGUAUCUCCACUAAAACUAACUAGCAAUGGGUUUGAGUGUAUUCAUCAAGUUGAGGAGCCUAGGGCAAAGGAAGGAGAAAACAAUCACCUAAGGGGAUAGGUGGUCUGUAUUUUGGCUGUGUGUGCUCUGCAUCACGUCAACCAUUUGUCAAGCAGAGAUCUAUCCAGUCACUCAUUGCCACUGCAAAUCCACGACCUGAAUGAAGUGCAUGUUGCUUCUUUGCUGUUACUGUAGUGAGAGGGAGCCUUCAGCUGUUGUUACUUGUCAGUAUGACAUUUCCAUGUCUCGUUAAAAACAACACAGCAUAUAGUAUCUCGAACUUGAGGGGUGCUUUCUUACACUUCCCUUUAUAGCUUUUUGUGAUUGAUCUCUUUUUUUUAGCACAUCUUUAUGCAUAAGUCAUUAGCUUGCAAAGAAAAUUUCUGCUGAAAGGAAUUUGCAGUACAUUGUAAGAAGGUCAUGUCAUACCCACUCUUCCUCUAAAGUUACUUUUCCCAGAAAUAUUUUUUCUUUAGUUGAAUCUUUCAAAAUAACCAGUUGCUAUGCAAGUAGAGUAUAUUUAAAAUGCUCUGUAGUUUUCUUUUCAUGGAGCUUACUGAUGAGUGCACUAAAAUAAACAAGUACAUUACUAUAAUUUUA